AUGAAACCCUAUAUUGGAAUUCCCUUGGUCGUCGCGCUCGUAUACCGAGCCUGGACUCGCAAAUCCCUUACCCCGCUCGGCCUCGUUGUUGCGGGAUGCUCUGGCUCCGCACACGCAUUCCACCCGUGGUCGGCCCCUUUCGCGCUGCUGGCGGUAUUCUAUUUCGGCGGAACGAAGGUCACAAGGGUGAAACACGAAGUCAAGUCUCGCUUGACACUCUCGGCAACCGGUGCAGAGGGCAGUGAGGGUCCCCGAAACCACAUACAAGUACUGGCAAAUUCCAUCGUCGCAACUGUGUUGUCCGUGGCCCAUGCGCUUGUCCUGGCGAAAACAUCAGGCGCGGAAUCAUGCUUCUCGCUCGGUCAGAAUACGGCUGAUAUCCUAAUGGUUGGAAUCGUAGCAAACUACGCUGCUGUUGCCGCAGACACUUUCUCCUCCGAGCUCGGGAUUCUCUCGAAAUCCAAACCCCGCCUCAUCACCUCGCUAAACCUCCGUCAAGUACCGCCUGGAACAAAUGGCGGUGUCACCGCCACUGGUCUGGGAGCUGGUCUUCUCGGAUCAUUUAUUGUCUCCGCCACGUCUGCUGCAGUUCUUCCAUUUUGUGCCAGCGCAAGCAUUAAAGAGCGUGCGCUUUGGACCUUCGCCAUGACUGCUUGGGGAACAUUGGGCAGUGUGCUUGACAGCAUUCUUGGUGGGAUUCUACAGGCUAGUGUUGUUGACAAGAGAAGCGGUAAGAUUGUCGAAGGGAACGGUGGUAGAAAGGUUCUCGUCCAUCCCUCAACUGGCAAGCCAGUUGAUGCUGCUGGGAAAACUGCCGAAUCUACCGGUACUACAAAUGUUCAAGGUACCGCCAUCUCACGUGGCAGCCAAAUUUUAGGCACAUCAGAUCCGCACGGUGGAAUCCAUGAGAGCCGGCGUGUUGAGACUGGUCAUGACUGGCUUGAUAACAAUGGAGUAAACCUCCUUAUGGCUGUAACAAUGAGUGUCGGUGCAAUGGGAAUUGCACAGUGGUUCUGGGGGCUUGAUGUCACCGAUCUGGUGGUGUAG